GUGGGGUUUCGCCGGUCGACGAUCAUCGGAGAUGCUGGAGCUGAGCAGGACGGGGCAACCGGUGGGAGCACCGCCUCCGCCGCCACCGGCCCCGCCGGAGAAGGAGGAGCAGGCAGCGGGGGUGGGGAUCCUGCUGCAGAUCUCGAUGCUGGUGUUGGCCUUCGUCCUCGGCCACGUCCUCCGCCGCCACAAAAUCUCCUACCUCCCGGAGGCCAGCGCCUCCCUUCUCAUCGGCUUAAUUGUUGGAGGACUUGCUAAUAUAUCAAAUACAGAAACCAACAUUAGGGGAUGGUUCAAUUUCCAUGAAGAAUUCUUCUUCCUAUUCCUGCUGCCUCCAAUUAUCUUUCGGUCAGGCUUUAGUUUAGCACCGAAACCCUUCUUUUCAAAUUUUGGAGCUAUCGUCACAUUUGCUAUUCUGGGGACUUUUGUUGCUUCAAUUGUUACAGGUGUUUUAGUAUACCUUGGUGGGUUAACAUAUCUCAUGUAUAGACUGCCACUGGUCGAAUGCCUGAUGUUUGGUGCUCUUAUAUCUGCAACUGAUCCUGUCACUGUGCUAUCCAUAUUUCAGGAACUUGGAACUGAUGAAAACCUCUACGCCUUGGUUUUUGGAGAAUCUGUUCUAAAUGAUGCAAUGGCAAUUGCCUUGUACAGGACUAUGUCAUCUGUAAAAAGUAAUGAUUCGUCGGGACAAAACUUAUUUUUCGUUGUUCUGAAUUUUCUCGAGACAUUUUUUGGCUCAAUGUCUUCAGGGGUUGGAGUUGGACUCCUUUCUGCUCUUCUCUUUAAAUAUGCAGGGUUGAAUGUUGAAAAUCUGCAUAAUUUGGAGAGCUGUCUGUUUGUUCUUUUCCCUUACUUUUCUUACAUGCUAGCUGAAGGUCUUGGCCUGUCUGGAAUAGUUUCGAUAUUGUUCACUGGAAUUGUCAUGAAGCGCUAUACGUUCUCAAAUUUGUCAGAAAAUUCUCAACAUUUUUCUGCUGCUUUUUUCCAUUUGCUUUCAUCACUAGCAGAAACAUUUGUAUUCAUAUACAUGGGCUUUGACAUUGGAAUGGAACAACAUAGCUGGUCACACGUCGGGUUCAUCUUUUUCUCAAUUCUAUGUAUAGGUGUUGCAAGGGCUGCAAAUGUCUUUUCCUGCGCUUACCUGGUUAACUUGGUGAGGCCAGCAAAUCGUCAAAUACCUUUGCAACAUCAGAAGGCACUUUGGUAUAGUGGACUUAGAGGGGCAAUGGCUUUUGCCCUUGCUCUGCAAUCAGUCCAUGAUCUUCCUGAUGGACAUGGCCAGACGAUCUUUACUGCUACCACUGCAAUUGUUGUUUUAACGGUGCUUUUGAUUGGAGGCUCAACAAGCACAAUGCUCAGAGCUUUGAAAGUUGUAGGCGAUGGUCACAAUGGUCCAUUAGAAGAGAGCUUCGAGGGGAAAAAUUGCAAUAUUGGUUCAUCUUAUGAUGAGGGAACUUCUUCAGGAGGCAAGCUGAAAAUGAAGCUCAAGGAGUUCCACAGCAAUGCCUCUUUCACUACAUUAGAUAGACAUUAUCUUACACCAUUUUUACAUCUCAUGACAAUGGUGAUGAUGAUGACGACGACAAUGAUGAUGGAAAGAAUCCUGAUGACGCAACUCAAGAUUCGAGAAGAACGAGCACUUCAAGGCCCCAAUUGAAUCAUGAUUUUCUUCUGGGCAUGCCAGAAGAAGCAGCUUUUUAUCUUGCUUAACGGCAGCUCUCUGAAAUACAUAGCCCAAACAUGUCUCUCACAGAACAUGUCAACAGACAAUCAAUGAGUAGAUGUUAUAUCUGAGUUAGCUGUAUAUGCACUUAUAUCGUGCUUAUUGAUGUGAUAGAAACGAUAAAUCUCGUAUAAACGCACACUGUAUCCUCAGUCAGCUUGAUAUGUACAUAUCUAGUUACAAUACUAAAAGGCAAUUGAUAGCAUUUCUGUUCAUGGGUUUUCA